AUGUAUUAAAACACUUUGCAAAACUCAAUAAAAAGGUUUGACAAAUUAACUACUUCUGAGACUAAAUAUUCUCGACAAUCUUAAGAUUCAUAUUAUCUAAAAAAUAAAUAGCAAACCUAAUUGGCAAUCCCCAGUUUUCGAACCCUCAUUACUUCUAGAUGCAAAACAUAAUAAACUAUUGAAAUACAAUAGGAUAAAUCGCCAACUACCACUUAAAGAAGAAUUCUUAAAAAUAAAGAUGAAAUUACUGAAAAACUUAUUCCUAGAUCAAAUGAAAUACUUGAAAUAUAUGAUGAAUUCGAAAAAAAUUAUAACAAUGUAAAAAUGUUGAACUCAUUGACUUCUGAAUUAAAUUAUUUGGAUCAACAAUUCUAUACUAAUAUAAAUAAAUAAGCAUAAGAAAAUAUUACAUAGGUGAUUAAUUAUUAAAACAACUAUCUCACUUAAUGUGAUUUAAAUUAUGAAAUGAAGUUAGAAAUUUAAAGGUUUCGAUUUCAGUACUAUAGAAUUAGAAUCAAAGAUUAAGAAUCUCCUAUUCAGAUAACAUUUUUUAGCUAAAAUGCUCAAAUAAACAGUCUCCGAUCAUAUUUUUCAUUAAAAAUUGAAUUUCCAACAAAAUUUAAUGCUGAUUAUUAAGUAAACAGUAAAUCAAUUAGAAUUUUCGCGAACAAUACGACUUCUUUUUUUACUGAAGACUAUUUAUUUAUGACAUUAUAUUCACAAAAUGAUUUUUUAUGUACUGUGGUUGUCACAUUUGGAUUUGAGAGAAAAAUAAAAGUUAAUAAGCCAUAAAAAGCUCAAUCCUUGUUUGAGGAUUUUAUUCCAAGAACUAAAAAACAAAAGUCUUAACCAAAAUUUUAUCAACCUGAAGCUAGAUUAUAAAAUCUUCUUAAUCCUGAGACAUUAUAAUAAAUAAAAUCAGAAAGAUAAAUCAAAUAAUAAAAAGUACUUAAUAAUGGAAAAAAUAUCAUAGAAGAAAAAUUAUUAGUUAAGAAGAGUAAGUUAUUUGUGAAAGAUUAGAUUAUAAAAUAUAGAGAAAUUGAAAAAAUGACUAAAUAAAAAGUUUCAUAUAGAAAUGCACUUUAAAAAGCAUGGUUAAAAUGUAUUUUUACAACUAUCUUUCUUCACAAUUUACAGUAUUUUUUAUUGGUAUCGUAAUUUAUAUAUUAUUUAGUGUUAAAAAAAAUAAAUUCGACUUGAAGCAAGAGGAAAAUUAUUAGUUUGGUAAUUAUAAACAAAAUCAUUAAUUUCAGUUAAAGAUUUUGGAGAUACUCCUAUUGAAAGAACAAUUUUUAAGUCAUCACUUUCAUUAAAUGCUAUUUGCAUGAUUUUAAAGAAACCAAUUAUAUAAAAGGCUAAAAAAGUAGUUACUUCUUAUUUACAAUCCAUAAUAUUGGCUAUUAGUGUUCUGAACAAAUAUUAAAGAUGGACAGCAAAGAGUAUAUAUAUAUUUUAUAAUAAAUAUUAGUAAUUUCCAUCUAAAGAAAUUUUAGGAAUAUGAAAUGCAAAAAAAGAAACUUUAAGGAAAAGCUUUGGAGAUUAAUAAAAGAAGAGUUUGAUGAUAUCAUUUAUGAAUUUGCUUAAUUAAAGGGCAUAACUUCAUAUUAUGAUUAUGAAGAGAGAUCACAUAUUCAUAUUGAUACGUAUUUGUUUAUAUUAUUUAUAGAGUUUUAAUGUUUUCAUUAUUAGAUGAAUAUGCUUAAAAAAAAAAGGAGAUUUGGUAAAAAUAUAUACAUGAUACAUUUGUUGUUAAUAAUCCUAAGAAUGUAAUUCAAUUUAUUAAUGAAAGAGACUAAUAAGUUUGGCAAUCAAUUUUAAAAAACCUUCUUUGUUCUAGUUACCUAAUGAAUUCGAGAUCAGAGAUAUAAUAGAGAAGUAUGCAGCUAUCAAAAGGCUUAUCUGA